AUCACGUGCGUGUCAAGGACGGUUAGGUUGUAUUUACGUCUGCCCGGCGAAUGUCCUGGGUAUUCUUCGGGAAAACCACAUUCGAGAAAGAUCUUGUCAUGGCUGUGCUUAACUCGGUAACGGCGUUCAGUAGUUUUUUGCUGUUUUCUGUUUGCAGCGGGUUAUUGGUGCCAAUUGACAAAUCUGGAAAGAUGACUGAUAGCCGGUUUAGCGGAAACCAGGAAACACCAUUGCAUUGGAGGAAUAUAGCCAAGGAGGACCUGAACAGACGAGUGAAUUGGAAACCAAAUGUAGGCGUGGCUAAAAACGUGGUGUUUUUCCUUGGGGACGGAAUGGGAAUAUCAACGGUGACCGCAGCUAGGAUCCUUAAGGGUCAGCUACAAGGCAGGACCGGAGAAGAGGGUCAACUUGCUUGGGAUAAAUUCCCUAAUGCAGCAUUAAGCAGGACAUACAAUCAAGACCACACUACCCCCGAUUCCGCCGGAACCGGAACUCAAUAUCUAUGUGGCGUCAAAUCCAAUAUGGGCAUGCUGGGAAUGGAGGCUAGAGUCAAGAGAGGUGAUUGCGAGGCUUCAAAGGAUGCGCACCUAACGUCAAUCUACAACUGGUCGGUGGAUAAAGGAAAGAGUGUUGGACUCGUCACCACAACACGAGUUACGCAUGCCACUCCUGCCGCCGGAUAUGCUAAAGUUGCUGAUCGGAAUUGGGAGGGGGACUCUGCUAUGAGAAACGUGAGCGGAAAAGGUUGUAAAGACAUUGCUUUACAACUGGUGGAGGAUAAUCCAGACAUCAAGGUGAUAAUGGGCGGAGGGAGAUGGUAUUUUAAGCCGAACAAUACCGUUGACCCAGAAAACAGAAACAUGUCGGAACAUGGCCGCCAAGACGGACGAGACCUGGUUAAGGAAUGGAUGAAGGACAAAGAGCAGAGAAAUCUAUCACAUCGCUAUGUGUGGAAUGCUACUGAAUUUGACACUGUAGACCCAACACAAACGGAAUAUCUCCUAGGUCUGUUCGAUGCCAGCCAUAUGCAAUACGAACUUGACAGAAAGGAUCCGAAGUACGAAGUCGCUGGGGAACCUUCCAUUGCCGAGAUGACAAAGAAGGCCAUCCAAGUACUGCAAAGGAACCACGACAAAGGCUUUUUCUUGCUAGUGGAAGGUGGGCGAAUUGACCUCGCCCACCACGCAAACGAGCCGGAGAGAGCUCUCCACGACGUGCUGGCAAUGGAGAAGGCGGUAGAGACAGCGAUGAGCCUGACAAGCAAGGAUGACACAUUGAUUGUGGUUACCGCUGACCACUCUCACACAUUCGUACUGUCCGGUUAUCCGUCGCGUGGCAAUCCCAUUCUCGGUCUGGUCGAUGAUGUGGAUGGUAAUAUCUUGAUGGCAGAAGACGGGAAACCCUACACCACUCUGCAGUACACAAACGGACCCGGCGCGAUAGAGAUGGAGGCUCUGCUGCACCACGGAACAUACAAAGGAAGAGCCAAUCUGACCUCCAUCGACACGGCAUCAAAGGACUUCCAGACCCAGUCUGCCGUACCUCUGCUCUACGAGACGCACGCGGGUGAGGAUGUCGGUAUUUACGCCAGAGGCCCAAUGUCACACCUCUUCCAUGGGGUACAUGAGCAGCAUUACAUUCCCCACGCCAUGGCGUUUGCUUCCUGCGUGGGUGAUUACAAAGAUGAUGCUAACUGCGCAGCGUCUCUAGCUACAUUUACUUCCGCCCAACACAUCAGCGAUCCUCAAACCAGUUUGAAUAGCGCAAACACAUUGAGUCGUCUUUGGACACAAAUAUGCACCAUGCUUUUUGUGAUUGUAUUACAAAUCAGUUGAGUAGCCUUUUAUUGUUCAGACAGUGCUGUAUCAUAAAAUAUCUUUAUUGUAAUUAUAUGCGAUGAAUUACACAAAUUUGACGAACUUGGUAACAAGCUAAUGUGAAAAAACGUCCAAAAUACUACAGCAUCAAUAGUUCGGCAAAUCGAUGAGCUCACUAUUAAACAUUGAUUCACAGAAAUUCUUUUUUAAGAUGCUGUCUGAUUAAAAUAUGGAAAAAUGUCCAAGAAAUGAGUUUAUAUUUUUUCGAAAUACAUUACCUGUUUUAUGAAAAUUAAAAGUGUCAUUUCAGUUUAUUGAAAAACUGUUUUUGCCUGCACAGGCAAAAUGUCCUUAUGUCAAUUCAGAUCAAAUGUUCAGUUCAAUUUCAAGUCAAAACCUGACAUUGAUUACUUUAAAUCGAUUUGAAUUCGACAAUAAGUCGUUUUUAACUCAAGACAUUUUGCCUAUGUAGCUUUGAAUCUGUUGUGAAUUUACCAUUUAAAUCAAACAAAGGUAACCUAUAUUCACUCGUUGGUAACUUUUAAUUUGUAACACUCUUUCUGAUUGGAUAUCUUGCCGGGGUCUAUAUAUUUCUAUAGACUCCGGCAGACUACCGGGAUCUAUAAAAGCUCGUGCGAGGGGAGAUAACUCAAACUAGAAUCUCUCUUCAAAGAUGGCGUCCGACACACACAAGCGUUCGAGGUGUGCCAAUUAUUAGGAUGAAAUAGUCUACUUAAUUGACAGCAAACUCAACGAAACCGGCAAUGAGGGGGCGCUAGGGUGCUACUUACAAAGAAGGUUGUGUAUUGUCCGAAAUAUUUCCGAAAAGGUGUCCGGUAGGGGCUAUUUUGGUAGCAGUCAAAUACAGCUCAAACUCACAAAGUGAAUUACAAUAUUGCAGAAAAAAAAGUUAUAAAAUAUUGUCAGGGUGACAAAUUCGUUAUCUCUGGGUUAGGAGGGGUUUAUUGGUUCAUAGACUAUUUUGGGUUUUAUAGACCAUUCGCCUUCGGCUCGGGGUCUAUAAAAACCAGACGGGGUUUAUGAGCCCGUAGACCCCUCCUUACCAAGAUAUAACUAAUAAUGUACCUGCUUUUUCGAUACUCUACCAAAGGUAAAGUAGACACGCCCUGUAUCAAAGCAUAGCUACCACAUGGCGCUAGUUCGGCUGACAUUACAUCAAUGAAGGUGAAGCGAGUUGAAGCGUAUCCCUAUUCCAUAAGUUAUGAAUGUUACUUCAAUAUUGAAUUCUUUAACAAAAUGAUAUUAUUCUCAAUUUCUCUAGAAAUAAAAAUGACAUGGUCGACAAACAUGUUCAUUGGAACACUAGGUUUUUAGAUGGAGUUUGCUAUGUGAAAAGACUUUUCUCACCCUUUGACGCUAAUAAAAUAUUCAAUCAUA